AUGUUGAUACGUAAAGUUGGUUGGGAGCGAGCGAUGGAGUUAGAGAAGAAAAUGCAUGAUGAAGAUAAACUGUUAAAGAAAAUACCCAAAAUCAAUUUAUUUUUCACUGCCACGAACAAGGUUGAUGCUACUGAUAAUAUUACUUUCAAUUCCCUACCAUCCUCAUCAACAUCUCAGGCAGGUAUUGAUCACAAGGAAGAGGCUGCAAAAAUUGCAUUUGAACUUGGACAUACUGAAAAUUUUGAAGGCGGAGCUGAUACUGGUUCAGAAACUAUUCCUAAUGAUGUUGGGAGUUUUGGUGACAUAACAGAUCAUUCACAGUUGUCUGGCUCAGGAUUUAAGGAUUUGAAGAAUAUGACACAAUACUUAAAAUCCCAUGAAAUCAGUGCAAAGCACAUACAAUCAGUUCUCACUUUAUGUCAAAGAAGUGUUGCUGCUAGGAGAGUUGACGAGCAAUUGCACAACAAUAUGUUGGAGCAGCGCAAUUACUGGAGAAAUGUCCUGUCACGCUGUGUUACAACUAUUACUUUUCUUUGUGAGAGAGGUCUCCCUCUUCGAGGUAGCAAUGAAGUUGUUGGUUCCAGAGAAAAUGGGAUUUAUUUGGACAUCUUGGAGCUGAUUGGUCAAUUUGAUCCUUUUUUGUCCCAGCACAUCUGUACUCAUGGCAACCGCGGACGUGGUCACACAUCAUAUUUGUCAAAAACAUUUUGUGAAGAACUAAUUGCAAUGAUGGGUGAACAAGUUAUGGGUUUCAUAAAGGAUGAGAUUUCAAAGUCACGGUAUUUUUCAGUUUCAUUAGAUUCCACUCCUGAUAUUACUCAUUGUGACCAGAUGACCAUUAUUCUUCGUUAUAUUAUUAUGGUGGAUUACCAGCUUGUGGAGCCAUCAAUACAUAGUUGGGAUGUCAUGAUGACCCAUGUUCAAAACCAACCAGAAUGUCUUGUUCCAAAAUACCCAUCAGAUACCCGGUGGUCUGCUCGAGCUCAUGCUGCAAAAGCAGUGUUCAAGGGGUACCACCAAUUACAAAGUGCUCUUCAGGAGAUCUCAGGGGAUUGUAAUCAGAAUGGUAGCACUUGGAAUGAAGCGGGUUAA